AUGUCUAUCACUCCACAGCAACCAGCGGAAUUGAAGAAGAAGCCCAUUUCUUUUUCCAACAUCUUGUUGGGCUCAGCGUUGAACCUUUGCGAGGUUACGACGUUGGGUCAACCUCUUGAAGUUAUCAAGACGACCAUGGCUGCUAAUCGUAACCUGAAUUUCUUACAGUCUGUCAAACACAUCUGGUCUCGUGGUGGUGUAUUUGGUUUUUACCAGGGUUUAAUUCCAUGGGCUUGGAUCGAAGCGUCUACUAAAGGUGCUGCUUUACUGUUCGUUUCUGCUGAGGCCGAAUAUCAAUUCAAAAGAGCAGGUUUGGGUAACUUUGGUGCUGGUAUCAUGGGUGGUGUGUCCGGUGGUGUUGCCCAGGCUUAUUUGACUAUGGGUUUCUGCACAUGCAUGAAAACUGUGGAAAUCACCAAGGCCAAAUCGGCUGUUGCUGGCGCAGUUCCUCAAUCUUCUUGGUCUGCUUUCAAACAAAUCUACAACAAAGAGGGUAUCAGAGGUAUCAACAAGGGUGUCAAUGCAGUGGCUAUUAGACAGAUGACCAACUGGGGUUCCCGUUUCGGUUUUUCGAGAUUGGUAGAAGAAGGUAUUAGAAACGUUACCGGGAAAACCAAUACGGAUGAAAAGCUCACUGCCAUGGAGAAAAUCUUGGCUUCGGCUAUCGGUGGUGGUUUGAGUGCUUGGAACCAACCUAUUGAAGUUAUCAGAGUGGAAAUGCAAUCCAAGAAAGAUGAUCCAAACAGACCAAAGAAACUGACCGUUGGAUCUGCUUUCUCUUACAUUUACAAAACCAGUGGCAUUCAGGGUCUAUACCGUGGUGUGGCCCCAAGAAUUUGUCUAGGUAUCUGGCAAACCGUUUUCAUGGUCGGCUUCGGUGACAUGGCCAGAGAACUCGUCGGCAAACUAACGGGCGAAACACCAGCUGCCAAGCACUAA